CCUGAUUAAUCCAGGGCCAACUUUCCGACUUCCCCAAACACAGGGACUGAUUGCUGUACGGAGUCCAUGUUCCUGCCGCUGCCUGUUGGCAUCAGAGACGCAGAAAUGGCUUUAACCCAUGAGAUUCUAAGCUCCCUGCACUUGGCAGAUAAGAUUGGAGCCUGGGGGACGCUGGGCACAAUCAGGCCACUGAAGAGCUUCGACCAAGACUUUGCUGUGGAGAAACUUGCUGAAUCCUUGGAAACUAAAGGUAACCGGCAGCUCAUCAGUGACAUUGUGACCAGCCUGAAUAACGAUCAGAGGCAGGAGGUGAUUAAGUUGUAUAAGGAUUCCACUCAGCAGGACUUGGUGGCAAAAGUCCAAAAAUCAUUGUCAGGAGAUCUGGAGAAGGCCAUCGUGGGAUUGUUAAAGACUCCGGCUGCCUAUGAUGCUCAGGAGCUCAGGGCGUCCAUGAAGGGAUUGGGCACAGAUGAGGCUACACUGACUGAAAUUCUCUGCACAAGAACUAACACACAGCUCAGAGAAAUCCAGGAAAUCUACAAACAAGAGUAUAAAACCGAUUUCGAGAAAAACAUAAUCUCUGACACAAGUGAGCCAUACACAGGCCUCCUCCUGGCUUUAGCCAAGGGCAAGAGAGAAAAGGAUGCUGGAAUUAUUGACUAUGCCCUAAUCCAACAGGACAGUAAGGUUCUCACUGCGUUAGGACCAAAGAAUUCCCCCAACUCUGACAUAUGGAUAAGAAUUCUAUCAGAACGCAGCUUGGGGCAUCUCAGAAGAGUUUUUGACCAGUACAGCAAUGACAACUCCAUGGGCAUAGAAGACAGCAUCAAGAAAUAUUUCAAGGGGGACUUUCAGAAAGCUGCAUUAACUUUAGUGGCUGUAAUAAAGAACACGGCUCUCUAUUUUGCGGACAAACUGCAUAAUGCAAUGAAGGGGCUUGGGACAGAUGAAAAUACGAUCAGCCGUGUUCUUAUCUCUCGAAGCGAAACUGACCUGCUCAGCAUCCGGGUUGCAUACAGAAGGAAAUAUGGGAAAUCCCUCUACUCGUCCCUCCAGAGUGAAGUGAAAGGAGACCUCCAGGCCUGUUUGCUGUCCCUGUGCAGAGCAGAAGACCUGUGAGAAGGCCGACCCUCCAAUGAAGUCACAUCUACAAGAAAUUGCCGUUACUGUGAAAGAAAACUAAUACGUUUAAUAGCAAAAAGUCAGUACGGGUAUGGGACCUGUUAUCCAGAAUGCUCGGGACCUGGGGUUUUCCGGAUAAUGGAUCUUUCCGUAAUUUGGGUCUUCAUACCUUGUGUCUACUAGAAAAUCAUGUAAACAUUAAAUAAACCCAAUAGGCUGGUUUUGCUUCCAAUAAGGAUUAAUUAUAUCUUAGUUGGGAUCAAGACAAGCUACUGUUUUAUUAUUACAGAGAAAAAGAAAAUCAUUUUUAAAAAUUUGAAUUAUUUGGAUAAAAUGGAGUCUAUGGGAGACAGCCAUUGCGUAUUUCGGAGCUUUCUGGAUAUCGGAUUUCCGGAUAAGGGAUCCUAUACCUGUACAAAAAAAAAAAACAGACAAGUGGCCAAAGCUUUUUUUUUAAAGCCACAAAGUGCAAUGAAUAAACUGGAUACCUUUAAAGCAAUAGCCCUUUCCACACCCUCCGCUCAGACAUGAAACAUUAAGGAGCCAACUCAAAUAGCAAGAGAAUGUGGUUAUGUAUAAAAAGAGAAAUUUUAUAUUCAUAAUAUAUAAAACCCUUAACUUUUAGUAAGUGGGCUCACCUUCUUAAUAGGGUCACACCGUAAAGACCAAAAGAUUCAUCAUUGUGUAUUUUGGAAUAAAAGUUUUGCAG